AUGACUCGUCAUGCAGGCAAACACGGUCCAAAUACCAUUGCAAUGAAGUAAAAAACCCCCACAAGGAACCUGAUCCACAAAUAAUAAGUAACACCAGUGUGUGUGUAGAUUUCUGACUGGGGUCAGUAUUCCCCAACCUUUAUAAGUGAAUUCCAUCCAAAUCCACACAGGUUCCAUGAAACUACUUUUCCUGUUCUGGAACUUUUUUAUGCAGGGCCUCUAGCUAUUCUCCAUGUGGCAAUGCUACUUUCAAGUGCUCUUGAUGAUAGGGGAUUGUGAACAGCCACUGCCUUCUUUAUUCUGCCAACGGUGGAUUGGACUGAUAUCUUGCUAAUGAACAGGAUUAAUGUGCAUAGAGAAAUGGCAUGCCUGUUUAGCAAAUCUGACAUUUGCUAUUAUCCUUUGCCCUAAAAGUGACUCAUAGUAGUGAUGAUUUUGUUUGGAAAAUCCACAGCUGAGAAUCCUCACAGGGCCUGGGUUCCAGUAUGCUGUCUUCGAAUCAAUCCCUCACUUUGUUUCCAGAUAAGGAUUAAUUACAAUAAAUAUUUUAAAUUGCAGCAAGCAGGCGUCUUUGUCUCAUUAUGUGGAUUUUCAUUUGUAAAAUAUGAAAAAGUUUGCCUGUUGUCCCAAAAUGGAAUGUUUUCAAUUUCUGUAGACGAAUGGUGUUUAUUUACCAUAAACAAAUCAAUAAAAAUCCAUCAUUAACAGUGCUCCCCUGUUCAAUUAUCUUUUUUGGUCAUACGAAAGCAAAUAAACAAUGUGCCAAAUGAUCAAUGCCCUCUUGAAUUUAAAAAAGAAAAAAAAAUUCAACCCAAACUGUGAUGGAGGAAAACAGAAUUUUUUUAAGUCAAAACUUGUGUAUGGUGAUGACUACAUGUUUGUAUAUAGCAGUGGUUUAUUACUGGUGUGGAAGGUUGCUUUGUGUAGAAAUAGAGUUUUCUGAAACUUUCUGUUUGUGUAUGAUGAAUAAAAAAAAUCAGAAUGAACAUACAUAAACUAGCUAACAUCCUCCUUAAAAGAAAGAAGGAUGUUUUGGGGGUGGGGCCUUGUUAUUAUAGAGAUGCAUAGGUGUGUCUUUGUGAAUAUCAUCCUUUGAUUCACACCUGAGCUGCUGAACAAGGCAGAGGCCAAAUGUUUUGCUAUAAGAAAUUAAUGGGUUGUAUCCAGUGCUGCAUGAGUCGACUUCUGCUUGCUUCCCCUUCCUUUCCUAUCCUUGUGAACCCCCAAAUUCUGCUCCAGGAUUUUCUGUGUGUGUGUGUGUGUGUGUGUGUGUGAGAGAGAGAGAGAGAGAGAGAGAGAGAGAGAGACUCCCUCAGUGAAGAUGGAAGUGUGGCAAUAUGACCAAGUCUGAGGUGAUUUCCCCUUGAUCACUCCUUUCUAAAGCCACUGAGAAUUCAGGGAUUCUCUAUAUGUGGUAGCAUUGGAUGUAAACCUGCAGCAAGGACUCUUCAUAUUGGGGGUUCCUGUGACAAUUUAUUCCCUGAACUGUGUAUAAAUUAAAGCUGAGGCAAGAUGAAAACUUUUUUUUUAUUAACAAAACCCCAAAGCAGGAUGAAGCUUUAGGGCUUCACUAUCAAAGGCACAAUACUUUUUAUGUGUGACAGAGAUACUCUUUUAGGUUUAAAUAAGAACUUUACUAAUAAUUAUCAAAACAAAACGGUCUCUGUUGAAACGAUCUUCUCCUAGAAUGGCUAACCACUUUUAGCCUUCUUGUUAAAGCACCUCUAGCCCCUUUCUCUCCACCUGAGGAAAUUAAACAGAUUUGUUCUGCCUGACAAACCCUUAAGCACAACUAGCUACUUCUGUAGCCAGCCCUUACCUGCCAGUUAAACUGUCAAAAUCUCCAUUUACAUCCUCAGUCUCUCCUGAUUUUCCAUUUCUCCUCCCUGCCAUGAUUGGCUAAGGGUCUCCAGGAUGAUGACCCAGUGGUCUGUCCGUCACAGGGGAUGCAGGAGAGAGGAGAGGAAAGUUCUGUUGUGCAAACGCAGGUCUACUGUGUGUGUGGAAUGACAUUGCUGAAUAUAACCCAGCAUCUCUGAUUUGUCAGUAAUUAAUCUAUUCCAAGAGGCAUCCUGAUCUACAAGUAAUGUCAAUGCAGCUGGGUGGUGGUGGUGACUUAUGACUGGUUUUGAUAUUCUCCACACACACACACACACAGCGCCACCCACCUUUCCUGGUAACUGACAUCCUUUGGAAAUAAAAGGCUUGUAUUCAGGUAUACUCAUAUUUGCAGCUUAAAAUAGAAUGAAGUCCUCUCCUCUUCUGCUGCAUUUCAAGCCACAUUUGCGCAGUCUUGUUCAUAUCAGAGAGGGGGAGAGGUGGGUGGGGACAUCUUCCCCUGAUGCGCAUGACCUUUUUUGUUUCUUUGACCAUGCUACUAUUCAUGAAGUAAUCUGCAAUGUACACUCAUCUGUGCAUGUGUGAAGGCUCUCUCAAAUGUUGACACCGUUCUGAAACAUGCAUCAAACGGCAGUAUUUGUCGAGAAGCUACAGGAUCAAUAUGGAUUGUGUAUAUCGUCGUGCGAAUGAGGCUUCAAGAACUAGCACUGGGAAUGCACAGGAUGCAGCAUAGUAGAGGAGAAGAAAUUUCAACAUGCAGAGCUUUUCACAUCCAUUAAGCAUGAUGGAGGGACAAGUUGCACCAGCUUUUAUUUUUCUAUGUGGGGGGAGGGGGCAGUGGGAGAAGCGCGGACACGCACACACACACACACGGAUAGAAGCUUGUAACUGAAUAAAUCCAUGCCUUUUUUCUUUUUUAUCUGGGCCCAAACCAGGUAAAUAUGCACAGAACCUUUACGUGCAACAAUUAUAAACAUCACAGGAAGAUAAUGAAGUAAUGCAUAACCAAACUGGCUUUCAAAAGCCUCUUUCAUGCAGGGAUGGCUUGCUAAUUAGAGGGAGAUUAAAGACUUUCUUUGGUUUAUUUUAGGCAUUUAAUGUCCCAAGUCACAGAAUUCUCCCCAGGCGGUGCAGUGCUUUUUUCUCUGUCCUCCCCGCAUUCUUAGAGAUCCAUAGAGACGGAGAGCCACCCACACUGUUCUGAAAUCCAUCAGUGUGCAAAGGAGCAUGGCUGUUCUGCUCUUUGCACCGGGAAGACUGCUUCCAUGCAGAUAAGAACAUGGCUGCCCCACAGAUUAUGGCACCAGCUUUUUGUUCACAUGCUAAGGGCAACAGUCCUCCUUGCUGAACUGUGGAAAGUUUUAAAAGGAGUUAAUGCUGAACUUAGUGCAUAACAAUAGAUAGGCAAAUUUGCCUAUUUCAAUUUCUCUCUGUUUCUCAUUUUUUCCCCCAAUCUUAAAUUCCGUUGUCCAAAUCGGUUUGCAAUAUAUUUAUAUAUUUAAAUCUUCAUGAAAAUUUGUAAGCAUUUUAGUGCAAUUUUCUUCAAAUAUACACAUUUUUGCAAAGCAUUUCCCACUAAUAUCAUGCAUUUUUGUUUCCUAUUUCCACUAAUAUAUGUAUUUGUAUGCACACUUUACCGUAGUAUAUGCAUUUUUGUGCACAUUACUUUGCUGGAAAAGUGCUUUGCAAAAUUUAGAGAAGUGCCAUUCUUCAAGGAUCACUGUAUUUUGGUUUGCGUAUUGCUUUGGAAAGAGAGAAUUAAGUUGAUUCAACUUUAAAUGCAAACUGAAUUGAAUUUCUUCCCCACCCCUAGAUGAAACUCACCAUGCAGGGUUAGGUAGGUAGCUGUGAUCUCUAGAAUGCUUGCCAGUCUCAGGUGACCUAGAUUACUUCCCAAAAUAGCCAUCUCCUCAGCUUUUCUGCUGUUCUGCUCUGUAGCUUGCUUAGCAUUUUGAUUGAUCCAAUAGCACCAUACAAGACCACCUGAAGUGGUCCACCUGAAGCAAGCCUGAAGUUAGUUAACACUUCUGGACCCAGGCAGAUGGAAUCUCAUCCCCAUCCUUCUAAAUGGCUGAUUCAACUGGUGAUUGCCAACCGGACUGUAGCCCCAAAUGCCACCGAGAAACACACAGCAGGUAUCAACAUGCUUGGGAGAUUUCAAGGGAACCCUCCUGCAAAAACAGUCCAAGGAGUGGUUCAAGUGGCUACCGUUGAAGGGGUUAAAUCAGAAAACCAGAGGGGAGGAGGAACAGAAUGUUGCAUUUUGGAAGAAGACCUGGCUGGCUCACUAGAACCCUGAACAGGAACAUUCCAACUGCAACAUUUUGUUGCAGGGCCUACACAAAGAAUGAAAAUGAUUAUGGGUCUUACUGGAAAGAAGAUCCAGUAAGGAUCUUCAUAGGAAUAAUAGCUUCAUAGGAAGCUAUUCGUUUUUUGGGGAAUAUAAUUUCGUUAAUCUAGAUUUUCAAGAUAGCCUACAAAAGAGAACCAUAAACAAAUAUAAAGCAGAUCAAAAACAUCAGAAACAAAAGCAUUUAUCGUAGCAACAGUAAAAAAAAUACAAAAAGCAGUAGGUAUAAAAUCAGUUAAAAUCCUGGGCAAUCUUUCCCCCCGAAAACGUCUAAAACGUGGCUCUCUGGGCAACCUAGUCACAUGGUGGCUUAUAAAUACAGUAAUAGUAAUUAUUAUUAAGAUAUGCUACAGAGUGGCAGGGAUAUUUAGAGAAGGACCUCUGGUGUCAGACUUAACAAACAGGUAGGUUCCUUUUUAAAAAAAGAAAAGAAAUAGCUAACAUUUUUAAUGAAUAUAUCCCCUUUAUAGACACCUCUGUGAUGAUGAUGGCAUUCAGAUAUUCUGUUCUUCUUCAAUAAAAGAGAAAAAGGGACACCAAAGGUAUUUUGGAGGGAGAUGCCCUUGAUUGGUUGCCAAUGGUAUGUGAGGUGUUCUGAUAGAACAAUACUCCAGAUACUAUUAACCCAAGCCUCUAUUGGUAUAUUAGAGGUUAUAGGAAGCAAUUCCUAAAUGAACAAUGGAGUGUGUUGCUAAAUAAAGAACACAAUAUUUUGGCCUUCAAACUGUGUAGAUAUUGAGUGGGGAGGCCCUGCAUAUUAUAAAACUAAGAUAUACUAAUUUAGUUCUAGUCUCCACUGACCACAAAUGCCCUGAGAUCAGCCUGGUACAAGGAAGGCACACUGAUUGCAUGAAAACAUUCCAUGUGAUCUGAAAGAAUCAAGUAAUAAACCAAACGACACAUUGCAGCCCCAUUAUAGUCAAGCUGCCACCUAGAAGCUGUUGCCAGCUGGCAACCUAAACCCCCAGAAGAUAGAGGUGGGACAGUCUUAAUCCAUUCCGUUCCAAUGCCUAAUUAGUGUAAUUGCAUGAUAAUGGUUAAACAUGUGCUCAGGAGCUGCAGACCUCUGUUUUCCUCUUAUUAAAUUGCCAUCCUUCCACUGUAGGGGAAAGCAAUGUCUUAAAGAAAAAAGAUACUAUGGCAACACCACAGCAUAAGCGCACGCUGCUUUAUUUAUUUGUAUUAUUAACAGCUCGCAGGGGGCAUCUGUAUAUAUAGAAUAGCUAGGUCUGUCCCAUCACCGGUGUUUUGAGCCAUUCAGAGAACAUCAAAGAAGCAGGGCAUUGAAAAUUGGCUUGGGGAAGGCAAUGCACCGAAGGCGUGUUGUGUCCUGUCUUGGCUAAAUGAUGAGAGUCCAAAGGCACUCGGGGCACCUUGAAAAGGGCUGACCUCUGAAGCAGACUACAGGGAACCACAGGGGUGCAGACAUGAGGCAGUAGGUUCACCAAGAUUUGGGGAUGGUCCCAGGCAAGAUGUAAGAACCCAAGAAGAAUCUUGCUGGACCACACCAGCCCAGCUUUAGCAAUCAGAUUUCAACUGAGCUGCUAAUUUAUGAAGCAGGCCUAGAAGCACUAGCCUUGCUGCUCAGCUGAAUGAAUUGAAAGGAAUAAAACUCUUGCUGGAUACUACUUGCUGGAUACUACUGAACAACACAAUAAUUAGCUAUGGUAGAUAAAUGGAACUUCCAAACUGAGAGGCAAUGUACUUUGGAAUGGCAGAUGCUGAGGACGAGCCAAAAGGAUGUUGUAAGCUUCUCAGAAGCAACUGGCUGUCCACUCUUGAAAAGAGAAUUGGAGAACCAUCCAAGCAUUGUUGGAUUCCAUAUCCCAUCAACCCCAGCCAGCAACAAUGAUCAAUGGCUGGAGGGGUGAUGGGAGUUGUAGUCCAACAGCUUCUGGAGGGUCAUAGAUUCCUCCCUCCUGUAUCAAGUGGGUGUUUGGUGCAAUCCAGAAAGACUCUGUUUAUGUAGAGUCAGCUGUCUAGUCUUCUUCAGGCUAGACCAUGAGUUGCUCUUUCUCCCAGACUCUUAGCAGUCCUGGGGGGAUGUAGGCUGCCUGGGACCAAAUGUUGCUUUCUGUCAUUCGUAGAGACUGCCACAGCCUCAGCUGCCAUUGUCUGAAAACUGGGAUGUAACAAACCAGGGACAUAAACAGAGGUGGGUGAUGUCCAUUGGGACUCAUAGGGCAAAAGGCAGAGAGGCCAACAAGAGCUGGAACUAGAGCCAAUCACAAACAGAGCCAACUAAUUCCCCACCCCUCUUCCUGCAAGGGCAACAAUGAGGAGGAGGAGGAAGGCAACAGGCAGGACUACCCUUGGACUGGGCAUUUAGUGGGGGCAGACAGAAGUUUGUGAGGCAGUGCCCUAUUUGGGCCAACCCCCACUAGAUCUAAAGAAGCUGAAAACUUCUUGCUUGUGUCCUGAUGUCAGACACAGCAAAAAGUGCCUCUGGGAAGAGGGGGGAAAGCGCUGGCUCCCAUGUUGGUGUUGCCAUGAAGAGAGGCAGCUGGGAAGAUAGGAGAGGGACGAAGAACCUUGCCCCAGUCAGCACACUUGUGAGACACAUAUAUUAUGGCAUUUAAGGCACAUGGAGUCCACUCAGCUGUUAAAUUCCAACAUUAAUAAGUCCCAACCAUUCCCCUUCAGCCAUGAACUUUGUUUUCAAAGAAGUUUUACUUAUAGAAAUUCCAGCAAAGGAAGCAGUAAAUAGUUGGGUUUCUUCACAGUGACCUUUAUACAUUUCUCCAAGCUCCCUGUUCCCCAGUUUGGUUAAAAAGACAGGGACAAGCUGUAUAAUUAGCACCUCUUGCAACUCACUUGAAACCAGUCUUAUCACUGAAAUUGUGCCCCCCACACAGGAAGAUGCUGCUGGAAGGGCUCGUCCUCCAUGUUAAAUCAUUAUAAUUAGUAUGGGCUGCACCUUCUUUAGGGUUGUGCCGCACUGAGUAACCCUUUAUUAUUAUUAUUUUAAUGACUCAUCAUCUGAAGGAGUUUAGCAGAAAUAAAACCCUAAAGCCUCCAUUUCAGUUUAUUAUCACGGAGAGAAAUAAUUCUCCAUGUGUGUACAUGUGUAGAAUUCCCAGAGUACCUCCAGAGGUCAGUUAAGGGUGAGGAUAUCAUAUUAUGUGAGUUCUGACUACGAUUGCAAUGCAUGCCUGUUAGCUUCCCAAGAAGAGUAAAAAAAUAAGACAUAGAACUUAUAGCAGUGAACUUCAGGGCAUUCCCUCCGCAGCUUCUCUUUGUCAGCCAGCUGCAAGAAUUUAGCCUUGUUUCUCCUUCACAGGCUUUGCUUGGCUGGUACAUGACUACUCCAGACUGGAUUACUGCAAUGUACUCUUUGUGGGGCUGACCUUGGAGACAACUUGGAAACUUUUACUGGUCCAAAAUGCAGCAGCCAAAAUGCUAGCUGGAGUUCCCUUUAGAACUCCUAAAACAGCAUUGGUUGCCUGUUUGUUUCUGGUACCAAUUCUUGGGUGUUAAGAUCAGCUCUCCCAGGGCUCUCCGAAGUUUGGGGUGCACGUGCUUAACUCAGAAGGUGUUGACUGUGGCAGCUCCUACAUUAUGGAUUUUUUUCCCUCCCAGAGGUGUCUGGCAGCUUCAUUACACAGUUUUCAUCAUAUCCUGAAGAUGCACCUCUUUCCCCUGGUUUAUUAACAACUUGGGGGCAAUUUACCUGUGGGGAUUGCCUUACCCCAUAGAUGUCCAUUCAGCGGAUCUACGGAACUGGCACUGUUACAGGUGCUACAUAAUCAGCGGUGGAGCAAGCCGAUCAGGCACCUGCGCCUGGGGGUGGGGCUAGCCACCUGUGGAGCGGGGCCAGUCGCCUGCGGGGGUGGGGCCAGCUGGGGCAGGACAUUCCACGGGGCCUCCAAGGAGUCUGCUUGCCUCCUCCCACUCAGCUGCCCUACAGCUGUUUGGGGCAGUGCAGAGCCUGUGGGCGCCCAAGCCACCAUGGCACUCCCAGGAGAGACGCGUGGCUUAGGCGCACUGCAGGCCCCGCGGUGAGUGCCGCCCGCCAUUUUGUUAACCCCCUCAGUGGUGACACCUGGGUCAGCCCGCCCCCACUGCCCCCCCUCCUCCACCCCUGUACAUAAUACUCAUUCUGCAUUUGUAAGAAAUCAAUCUUUCAGUGUGGCAGGACUUACACUUUGGAACACUCUGCCUAUUGACAUCAGGCAGGCACUUUCACUGUACUUUUUUGGGGCCUGCUCAAAACUUUUUUUGUUUAGGGAAGCCUAUUCAGGUAACUUAGAAUGCUGGUGCUUGUUUCAAGCUGUUUUUCAACUUACCAUUCAUUUUAAUUAUGUUUGAAUAUUUUAAAUAGUUGCUUUUACUGAAAAUCUCAUUGUUUUUAUUCAUUUUGUAAACCACUUUGAGGUUUGGGGUUGGUUGGUUUUGUUUUUUUACAAUCGAGUGGCAUAUCAGUUUUAUUAAAUGAUGUUAUUCUUUUUUAAAAAAACAAAAACAAAAACGAAACUUGAUGGACUUCCCAAUGAUGGUUUGCGUAAGCUGGCUGCUGAUGUAAGGAUUGCCCUGCCUGCCUCUGGUUCAUUAGGGUGACUAGAUCAAGAAUUUGAAAACAUUUGUUGGUUCAUGCUCCAUCAUAUACUUAUUGCUAGAAAGUGAACUUUUGAUGAAGUAAGGACCCAUGCAUUAUUUCCAUUUGUUUGUUUAAAAAACCUUGUGCAAAAUCCCCAAAAUGUUUUUCCAGCUUGGGAAGUUUAAAUAGCCAUUUAUAAGUUUACAUGAGUGGCUUUCCAAGACAGAAUUCCUCUUAUAUUCUCUUCAAAUUGGCUGUAGCAAUGGCCCUGGGGAGAGAGGAAAUGGAGGCAGUUUGGACAUCUCGCAUUCUGUGCUUUCCAAGCUUCAAGGGGGGCCCCCCCACCACAGUCCUCAAUCAACUUUUUCAAACCAACGUGGCACUGAAAGCCUGACAAAUGCUGCAAUAGAAACUUGAAGGCUUUUUAAGUGAAUGUCCAGAGAAGCUGCAAGAGUCAAAGGCUUUUGUUGUGAUCAUGAAAAGUAGCAGAGUUGGAAUGAGUCACACACACGAUCUCUGAAAUGCCAAAAAUCACUGUUGCAGUUAAUAGACAAAUAAUUUGAAAAGCACUUGACAAGUUCUCAUUUGCAGUGCCUAUAAAUCUCCAUAUCGUGUCAUUUUGACAGAUGAGUCUGAAAACAAGACAGCUAAAUCAAAUGGGAGUUCUCCCCCACCUUCUGAACGUGCAGUUACUUUGCCAAAAUAUUUAAUAUCAACAGGUACUUCUGGCGCAGGUGGAUUUUUAUUUAUAAGUCACAGGAUCACUAGGCAGGUUCUGAGUCUAGAGGAGCAGGUCAAUUUCAGAUGUAAACACACUGGCCAUGCAGCGAGAGUUCUUGUGAAUUAGCAUUUCAUAAGCCACCAACAGAAAAGCAGGAUGUACAGCCGAGUGCUGGACUAGAUGGGUCCUCGGCCUGAUUCAAUAGGACUCUUCUUAUGUUCCUAUGAUGCACUUUGCACGGACACUCAGAGGAGCGGAGGAAGCUGGCUUAUAUCACAUCAGACAUGUCGUCCACUUUGCUCAGUAUUGUAUUGGAUCAAUCAAAAUACUCAGUAUCGUCUACACUGUCUGGCAGCAACUAUCCAAGAUUUCAGAGCUAGCUGCAUAUGCUAACAUAUCAGUUCAGGAAUGUUGGAUUCCCUAAAACUUUUUAUCCAGCUCCCUAGAUAGCUUUUCAAAUUGCUUUUUCCUUCCACCUUGCCCUUAGGUUAGCACGUCACCUCAUUGCCUCCACAUUCCCAUCUCCCUUCACUCCCGAGUCAUGUUUACAUAUUGUAGCUGCCAAUUCAUGUUCAUAUUAUUUAUUUGGUUAUUCAUGUUGACAUUUUGCACAAGACUGCUCUUGCACAAAACCUCUGUAUUAUUAUUUUAAUUAAAAGCUUGAUGUAUGUUCUGCAAAUGUACCCUCAACAUGCAGCAAUUAGAAAUAGCCACGCUUCUUGGGCUUUUGGCUAAGAUCAGGUGUGGUAUCUGUUCUUAUCAGUUUAAUAUCUGAUACGUCCUCUGUUUGAGGACUAUAUAGUUAAUGGAUUUUUUGAGCUGGGAGAUGGAAUAGGGGCUUGCUCCAUCCACUCCAUGCAUCAACCUGGUAUUGCAAUACCUCUAGGACGGUGCAUCCACACACAAAAAGUGCUCACUUCGAUAGCAUAUACACUAAAAUUGGAACAAUACAGGGAAAUAGCCAUACCUGGAAAUAAGCAUUUAUUCAUUUUGACCACCAAAAGCUUCCAGGAGGGCCAAUUUAAUUUUAAAUUGUAAUACAGCUGUUUUUGCACAAGAGCAGUUUGGCACAAAAGAGCUGUUUUUGAAAUUGAAAAUGGAUCUACUGCAAAUGUGCCUUGAGCAACAACUGGUAAAAAUAGGCAUGCUGCAUCCUUUGCUUUGGGCUGGUGGAAAGAAAAUGACUUGCGUUAUGCUCAGGUGAACUGAAGUAGGGGACAUGGCAGUAGAUGGUACACAGAGAAAUGUGACCACGUUAAAAACAACAACUCUUUCACACAACGCAAAUAUAUUUGACAUGCAAAUAUAUAUUGGAUUGUCUUUCCUUAGCAGAUUAUCUAUGGAUUGGGAAAAUCUGGAUUAAUGGGGGGGGGGGGGGAGAGAGAUAGAGACAGGACACCUUUUCAUUUUUUUUCCUGGGAAGGAAAACAUUUUUCUUCUUCUAACUUCCACUAAUUAAAAAUCCAAACAAAACUCUUUUCCUCUCCAAAUUUCUAAGCAACUUGGGUUUUCUUUUAUUUGCCACUGUGAGUUUCUGCAGCACUAGCACUUUCUGACACUGUAUUUCAAAUAAAAAAAGGCAAAGGGACCCCUGACCAUUAGGUCCAGUCGUGACUGACUCUGGGGUUGCGGCGCUCAUCUCGCUUUAUUGGCCGAGGGAGCCGGCGUUUGUCUGCAGACAGCUUCCGGGUCAUGUGGCCAACAUGACUAAGCCGCUUCUGGCGAACCAGAGCAGCACACGGAAACGCCGUUUACCUUCCCGCUGGAGCGGUACCUAUUUAUCUACUUGCACUUUGACGUGCUUUCAAACUGCUAGGUUGGCAGGAGCCGGGACCGAGCAACGGGAGCUCACCCUGUCACGGGGAUUCGAACCGCCGACCUUCUGAUCGGCAAGUCCUAGGCUCUGUGGUUUAACCCACAGCGCCACCUGCAUCCCUUCAAAUAGAGUCAUUUAGAAAAAACACUCUUUGUUGUUAAAUGAUAAUUAUAGGAGGCAGACAAUAUUAGAACAGGUUGUUUACUUGUGUGUUCUAGACUGUUACACAGGCCCCAACUCUGUCCCCAUCCCCCAAAAAGAGCAAGUUAAGUUUUCUCAAGCAUCUCAUUUCUUCACAGUAAGUGCUCCAAGGCCUAUUGUCCAUCUCCGGAAGAAAGAGAAUUCUUAUUUUAGAUGAGCAAAAUGCACCAUCUAGUGGCAUUUUCAGAUUAUAUUCCCAUGGGUUUCUACUUGUGCAAUCACAAUGUAUUAUUAAAGUAUUGUUAACUUGUAUUCAAGUUAGGUUGCUUUUACUCCGAUUGAAAAUACCACUGCGGACCUAGGGAAACCUAUAGAAUUGUUUGGAAUAUUAUUUCAAAGUGCAAUGGUUUGUUGGCUUUGACUUUGUGGACUUUGACUUUGUUUUGACUUAGUAUUUCUGUCUCUUUUGCUCCCUAAUUCAGGCAUUGCCCAUGUAUAAAUGUCCCUGACAUUAACAGCAAAACAUGGGUUCUUUUUGCAAAAGGAAGGUUUGACAACCAAUUACACUUCACAUAUCAAUUUACAUAGCUUAAUGGGAGUUGCACAAUUUCAUGGAAGAAUUCUCUCAUUAAGGAAAGUGAUCUAAAACCCUUUUCAGUGAGAAAAUGAACAUUCUGUGUGCUUGACAAAAAAAUCUGACUGAAUUUACAUAGAACAUUACUUUACUUAUUCAGUGAUUCACACUGUGGAUGAACACUUUGUGCUGGCUAGGAUACAUUUCAAUAAUAACACUAUUCAGUCCCCUUGGGAGAGUGACAGUCAAAUAUCUACUACAUCAGAAUAUUUAAACUCUGGUGAAUAAUGCUUCUCCUCACUUAAGUAUUCCUUAUGAGGUUACAUUCCUACUGGAACAAACGGCUGCCCAGGUUCAUUAGUAUCUUUCACAGAGAACAAUGGACUAGUUCAUUGUCUCAGAGGUGCUUCUUUUAUCCAUCAAUUCAACACAAUGAUUAAGGCUGCUUUUUAUGCUCUUCAUCUUGUUUUCUUGCACUAAGUUCCAUAGCACACGUUUACUCCUAAAUGUUAGGUUUAGUUACAAAAAGGGAUUACAGUCAUACCUCGGGUUACAGACGCUUCAGGUUGUUUUUUUUCGGGUUAUGGACGCGCCAACACCCGGAAGUACUGGAACGGGUUACUUCCGGGUUUCAGCGGUCACGCAUGUGCAGAAGCGCUAAAUCGCGCUUUGCACACGCGCAGAAGUGCCAAAUCGCAACCUGUGCGUGCACUGCAGUUGCGAACGCUGCGGGUUGUGAAUGUGCCUCCCGCAUGGAUUAUGUUUGCAACCCAAGCGUCCACUGUAUUCCUAUUGUCAACAUGACAGAGUGAGCUCAGUCUUGCCAGAGAUGUUAAAAAUAACCAAAAAGCUUUCUUCGGCUGCCUUUGAAGCAAGAGGAGGAACAGGCAAGUAGUAGGUCCUCUACAUGGAGAAGAGAGAGAAAUGCUAUUGGGUGACAGAGAGAAGGCAGAACUGCUCAAAACUUACUUUGCCUCUGUAUUCACCCAAAAGGAAAGCAGUGCCCAACUUAGUGAUAACAGAAUAAGUGAUGCAAAGAGGGAGCUGCAGCCCAAGAUGAGCUGUGGGGAGACACUGCAGAAAAGGCCAGCUCUCCUGUUGCCAGACUCCAGCCCAGGCGUGGUAACUUGAAUAAAAUAUUGGGGAGGGGGGCGGUAAACCCUGCCUCACAUUGAUCACAAAACAUGGUGCUCAGAGACUAUUUGAAUGGCAAUGCCCAUGAAGUCUGGACCUCUUGUGGAGGAGGCACACAAAGGAUAAUAGAAUCUUAGAGUUGGGAGGGACCCAAGGGUCAUCUAGUCCAACCCCCUGCAAUGCAGGAAUCGCAGCUAAAGCAUUCCUGACAGAUAACCACCCAACCUCUGGUUAGAAACCUCCAUGGAAGGAGAGUCCACCACUUCUUGUGGGAGUCUAUUCCACUGCCGAACAGCUCUUACUGUCAGAAAGUUUUUCCUGAUGUUUAGUCGGAAUCUCCUUUCUUGUAACUUGAAGCCCUCGCCCUCGAGUCCUACCCUCCAGAACAGGAGAAAACAGAAGGGCCUCAGAUGAUCAUCGCAGGGUCCAGGUUAGUUCAUGUGGAGAGAGGCACCUGUCCGCCACCCCAAUCAAGUAAUGAUAAUAUACAGUGCUGGAUUUACGUAUAAGCUAAACAAGCUAUAGCCUAUGGCCCCACUCUCUUGGGGACCCCCCCAAAAUUUAAAGGAAUAAAAACUGGUUGUACAUUUACAAAAUAUAAGAUAAAAACAAAUAAAAAACCUACAUACAGCAACAGCUUUUUGUGUUGUGUAUGCUUCUAGUAAUGGGCCCCGCCUACUCCCUAAAAUAUCACUGGCUUGCUCAUUUCUAUAUAUAGGGUGCCUACAUUCUGCUAUUAAUAAUUAUUAGUAGUUUGCAUCAUAUAGUUACACCUGUUAUUAUUACAUGUUAUAGCAAGUUUCUAGAGACUAGAUUAUGAGUCUUUGUAAAUUGUGUUUCUUAAGGAACUUUUGUUAUUGCCAAAUGCCAAUAUGUUUGCAUUACUUCGUUAUGAAUAAAAAAUCAUUGUAACUUAGAACUUAAUAAUUAUUUCACUAUUCAUAUACUUGAUUGUAUUUCAGUUCAAGAAUUACUUUGAUAAAAUACAUAUUUUGUUCUGUACAAAUGGCUUUAGGUCCUAUUAGGUCCACAAAUGACCAUAUAGCACAUAUUCAACACAAAAAAACUGCGACAAUUUGUUGUUGACAAAGGACAGCUGGACAUAUAAAGGGCCCCAUUACCUUCAGUAGCUUAGGGCCUCAUCAAACCUAAAUCCGGCCCUGCCCAGGGGAGCACCUGCCGGCCCACCCUAAUCAGCUAAGCAGCUGCAAACCGGCUGCACCCCGUUUCCUCCUACAGAGCAGCCGUUCCAGCGCCAACGGCUCCUCACCGCUGAGCUUUCCUAGCUCUACUAUUUCUCUAUCCUGAAAGCGGGGAGGAGUCUGCAGGUUGCCCGUCAUCAGCUCGGAAGGAGAUGCCGCAACAGUCUCCUCGCGCCGCGUAGCUCCUCCCUCCCUCCCUCUCUCGCACCAGCCGCGGAGCGAUCCGGGGCCCCUCCCUUUCCCCCUCCCAUCCAUUGCUCGGCGCUCGGCACCCCCAGCCCUCUCCCUGCCGCACGGGCACGGCCUCGGCGGAGAGCCGCCCCUCCCACCCGCGCCAUCGGUGCCUCGGCGCUCGCCCAGCUGCCGCCCGCGCGAGGAGGAGGCCCCCUCUCCCCUCAGGUCAGUCGGGGCGGGAUUCGGCCCUUCAGGUGCCGUCACUGAGGCCGCCUCCUCCUCGGGCGGGGAGGGAAACCGCCGCCGCCGCCUCUGCCCCUCGCGCAGGUGUGAGGUGGCCUCCUCCGUCCCACUUGGGGGGAUGUGGCGGGGGGUCUCUGCGGUGCCGGGGUGGGUCGGACGAAGCUGCUCCCGGGGUUGUGUGUGUGUGUAGACGUCGCUUUGGGUCCCGUCCCCCCCGCGCCUUCCUUCCCAUACAGUUGUUCUCGUCCAUAUUAUUGGGGUUGCCUCUUCAUGGGGAGCGGCGGGUGUGUUUGUUUGGGGGUAAAGACGCCCCCCUCCCCCGGCAAGGCCACGGCAGCAGCUGGAGUUCCUCCUCAGGAUGUCGAUAAGGAAUUUUUUCGCCCCCCCCCAACUGCCAAAAGCAGCGAGCCCCUCUUUCCUGCCCCGCGUUGGCUCCUUUCCACUCGUUUUUUUUAAACGUCUGGGGUUAGAUAAGAGCGACGCUGGUUGGUCCCAAGGGAUGCCGCUCCUUUCCCUGACAGGUUGGCAUGUGUGUGUUCGCCUUUCACAGCUGUGUGAUGCGAAGAGAUUAAGGAGAUUAAAAACAAAACCAAACCACCCCAGCCUCUUUCUGCAUCACCUGUCAGGCAGCUGCUGUUGCCUGUGCAGGAAUCCUGCUUGAACAAAAGGAAGCCUCCCCACCUGCUGUUUCUGAGAGGUGCCUGGGCCAGCUGUGUGGGUGUGUGGCCUGAUUCGCAUGCCCAAACCAGGAGGGAACAGCAUCUCGGGCCUCGCCUACAAGGAGCAGGUUUGAGGUGGUGGCGUGCCAAGGUGGAAUGCACCACUUCAGGUGGCGGGUGAAGGAUUGGAUUUUUGGAUGCUCCCCGGUGGGAAAAGGCCCUUCCUAAUAGAAGACCAAUCUAGCAAGCAAAGGGUUGUCCGAAAACCUUCCCCCCUGAUGUGAUAGGUUUCUGUUUACAGGGAGUCUUUUUAAACCAAGUGUUUGCCUGCAGUCCAAAGUGGUACAGGCUAUUAUACUGCAGGUGUAGACUCAACCCUUUCUCUUUUGUUCUGAUGAUUUGUAUGGCGGAAGUAAUUGGGAGAUUCCAACUGGCUUGUAACAAACAUGUCACAAGGAGCUGGAUUAUAGCAAUGAUCUGAAGAAAAUGGAGUGUGCGCCGUGAUUUGUGUGAUAGCCCAAUAACACAGAAUGUAAUUGAGGGAGUCAGUGUUUGUGUGUUGAAGUAUUAAUGGAUCUCUCUUAGUUUAACUAUUCUUGUCUUACAGGCUAUGAUUCCUUUGAAACAAUGAAUUGGUAUCUUGCCUUAAUAUCUAGUUCUGUCAAUGUGCAUUUUUAAUUAUUUUAUUUAAAUCAUUUCUAUACUGCUUUAUAUAUUUUUUUUGAAACAGCCUUAAAGUGGUGUAAAACAUAUUUUAAAACAUCAAAUAGAACAUUUCAAAUUAAAACAUUGGAAAUUAAAGUCAAGUGCAAGAAUACACAUUUAAAGCAGCAUGAUUAACAGGAAAACAAAAUCUUCCCUUAAAUUAAAAAAACCCAUUACAAAUAAAAAAAUGCAGUAAUACAAUAAAAUUCCAUAUAUACAGCAUCAUUAGCAAGUGAACAAAAUAAUUGAAAUGAAAUCUGCACCUAUUGCUUCCCCUGCCCCAGUAACCUCUCGCAAGUACAUCCAUAGCAAUUUUCUUUUGCAAGCCUCACUCUGCAUUCCUACCAACCAUACAGAUAGCACAGCUAACCCUUAGCCAACCUUUUUUCACCAAGCAAACACCUUGUAGCAGAUUAUAACUUUUUACUUUGAGCUAAUCAAACCUGGAUGUUCCUUAUACCACCCUGGUUUUUUCUCCACCAUAUCCCUUUUCUUGUGUUCAACACAUGUAGAGAGAAGCAUGAUGAAAGAGGAUGUGGGGCUGUUUGUUUAACCUUGUCUCAAAGUCAUACUGCUGUUCUGCCCCCACUGCUGCCACAUUGAGCAUAACCUCUACUCCAUGGGUGCAAUAAGGCUGUCAUUCUGUCAUUUCUGCUUGCCAGAUGGAACAAUCUCCCUUCUUUUCCCCUUGCAUGCUGUUCUUGGGGUUCUCCCAUCCACAGCAGAUUUGGUGAGGGACCAGGAAGAGAGAGGGGGAAGUCUCAUUGUGCUAGUGGAUGGGUUGCUGGGGUGAAGGAUGACUUAAGCACAGCCCAAAUUUACAGAGUAGGAAUGUUUAUUGAUAAAGCAGUCAAAUAUUGUGCAAACACUUUGUUUUGGAGAACAACCUAUAAGCUUGUACACAGCCCACCCCCUUCUUCCUCUCCUUUGCAUUCCUUUCCUUUUCACUUGCCAAUCUUCCCCACCCUAACUGCCUUGUUUGUCUUGUCUAGUUAAUGGCCUGGAUGGAGCAGUUCAAAAGUGCUGAAUGUUUACUAGACAAGACAAAAUGUUAACCUCAUCCCAGACAUGUUUGAGGAGGCUCACUGGGCUUAUACACAUGGGUUUCUUUUAAUUGGCGUCCCCAUCCUGCCCCAUGCUUCGCAUUUUAUCUAAGGGAAGCAAAGUUCUAGCAAAAAUGUGUGUGUACUGCCUUCUUAUUUCAGAGUCAUUUAGGCUGUGUACACCUGAGAGAAAAUUUCAUUGAAUUCAAUGGGACUUUCUUCUCAGUUAAAGCUCCCACAUACAACACACACACAUAGGAUUACACUGUAAAGUUUUGGGAAGGUUUAGGCUGGUCACACAGGAUUUUAGUGAGCCUCCUAAAAGCCCCCAUAAAGGUUGCUGUUAAAAACUGGUUAAUGGAUUCAAGGCCACAAACAAAAAGAAGGAAGCAAUUAAAAAACAAAACAAAAAGGAAAACCAAUAUCCAGAAGCCAACAGUAUCAAUGCCCAACACAUUGCUGCCCAUUUUGCUUUGCAGUGAUUUCUGAAACUGUUUUUGAACUCUACCAAGGAAACAGAAAACCUCCCAGGAAAGCCUGUUUGGGCUGAAAAACAUUGGGUGUUAACAAAAAAGUGCAUUACUUUUGAGAUAGCGCUUCCUUUUUUCUUUAGAGUUGAUUCAAAAUAAUAAAAGGAGACAUGAAAUAAAAUUCCAUGGGCCGUAUCCAGCAAAUAGAAUGAGGUCCUGCAGUGCAAUUUAACUUCCACUUCCUCUUUCCCCCCCAAUGUUAGUCCACACACCCAAAUCAGCUCAGGGUUUUAGCCCAACUCUCUGGACCAGAUUUGGGCAUAGGGGGAGGAGAAAGGAAUUAUAAUUGUGCAAGCAGCAGUUAUUCUGCUCAUUCAAUGACUUAGCUGGAUUCAACUCCAUAGCAGCAGCUUUCUUGGUCUACUAAAGAAAAAAGUGUACCGUUAAAGGAUUACUAAAAUAUCUGUUUGUUCAUAUGUAUUAUGAUCGGUUUUAUAUGAGGAUUAGUUUUUUAAAAUUGUGGACGUUGAUAAUUUGAAAGAAACAAGAUUUGCAUUUUGAAUGAAAUAUACUCUACAUUUGGCUUGUUUAAUAGACUUAGAUGGAAUUUUCACUUUCUUAAGGUAUUUCUAGAGCAUCCUAAUUACUGCCAGUGUUUAUUAAUUUUUUAAGCUGACAUACUUAUCAAAUGUACAUGACUUAUUUAUGAAAUGGAUAUGAUACAUGGUGAUUUUUAAUUACGUUACCGUUGGGUGUGUAUGCUAAAUUUAUAAAUAAAAGAAGUACAUAAGGCUUAAUAAAAGAUUAGAGAAAGUUGCUGUGUUAAACAGGUCAUCUUAUUUAAAACUGUUCCUGGAUCUCUUUCAGGGCAAUGUUUUGCACAAGCAACAGGAGCAAAAGCUACUUUCUUGCUAUUAGCCUACUUCUCUAGUGAUGAAUGGCAUGCCAUUGUUCCACUGCUGCUGAGACCUGGAGUGUGUCAGUAUCUUUGGAGUCCUUGGACCACUAUGGCAACGAGCUACACACCUCCAUUUGAUGACCCCGGGGAGGUGAGAGAGGGUUUUCUAUGCCCCCUUUGUCUGAAGGAUCUGCAGUCGUUUUAUCAGCUUCAGUCUCAUUAUGAAGAAGAACAUUCAAGUGAAGACAAAGAUGUUAAAGGACAACUUAAAAGUAAGGAAGGCAGUAGUUGCUGACUGUUAUGAUAUACAAUAUAACUAUCCACCAUAUUUAUCAUUUGUUGACUUGCAUAAUUAGUAAUAUAUCUUCUCAGAAAAUAUUAUAUGUAGAAGUGUGUAUGUUUCUGAGUUACACAAAACGUCACUAGGAAGAAUAGAAAUGCAAAUAAUGUUCAGUUAGAAAGUUGGUUACAAAUGCAGAAUUUUCAUUCAUUUCUGAUUGCACAACUGUCUUUAGGCCAUGAAAACCUGGUAUAGGGUUACAAAAUCUUGAAAUGUUUUAGCUAUUCAAAACUUUGGAGAACUUUUCCUUCAUUAAAAUAAUUUAAUUAGCAUUUACUAAGGAUUAAAUACAUCUUGAUGUCAUAAUUUGGAUUUGAUUUUAGUGUACAAUUCCUUAUGGAAGGCUUUACAGAACAAUGUUAUUAUGGUCUUGCUGGUGUUAGCAGCUGUUACACUUACUUAGGAAAAAAAGCUGUACCUUAAGGGUUUGCACAUAUUUCUGCCCCCAAGAAGCAGCCAUAUUGCUUCUAGUUCAGGAGUACUCCUGAUUGUCAUAGUGAUUUUGACGUAUCCACCUUUGCUCAGUGAUGCUUUCAAACACUGAGAUUGUCUUUUGGGAAUGGCAUGGGAACUAGAGCUUAGUAAUCGUACCAUUUCAGCCACUGAAUAUACAAAUUAGUAGCAAGAGCUGAAUGAUAGCUUAAGCUAUAAAAAUACAAAAUAAAUGUAAUGUGUUCAAUCACUAAUUAUGGGGUACUUUUUCCUGUUUAAAUAGCCAAGAACUCUGUAGUCAGUUCACAGUGAAUUGCAAAAGCAAGCAGUUGUGUUGAAGUGCUAAUUUUCUUCACUUGUUACAAGUUGUUUCCCAGUUCUUUGAAGGGUUAUUAAAUGCGUCAUUGUUCUACCUUUAUAAAGUGCUCUUGUAUUUUACUUUGUCCGGUGUUCUGUUUCACAAAUUGCUUUCCAAAUUAAGGCUGUCUCCGGAUACAGAACAUUCCUUUGAGGUGCCAAUAAUUGGACUGACUGAUUAACUAGCACAUUUGUAUUCUCGUCAGGGUGAGCCAGGUAGAAGUAUUUUACUGGGAUUGUAUUCUUAUGUGAAGCAUUUACACAGGUCUUCUCACCUUCAGGACUUCCCCCCACCAAACUUGUCAUUGCAUUCCUCUGAGAAGGUAAAACAUGAUUCUGGUGGUCAACAGAUGCAGGAGGUGGGAGGCAGAAUGGUCAAUUAUAUUGCUCAAAGUCUUAAAGGCAAAUACCUCAAGGAAGUUCGGAAGAAGAUGGGUAACUCUUACAAGGAUGCUUAAAUAAGUGUUUGUGUGUGUGUAAUAUGUAGCAUUUGAUCUUCUUUCAGAUCUGUUCCAAAAAGCUAAAAAAGCAAAGAAUAAAUUGUUGAAACGAGAAGAUGACCGAACUGAUGGAGGGCCUCAGGAACGAUAUGAGUCUUACAGCUAUGGUGGAGUGGAUCCAUAUAUGUGGGAGCCCCAAGAAUUAGGUAAACAGUCAAGAAUGAUGCAAAUAAUGCACAACUUUCACUGGGAAGCCCCCUGAUCUCCAGUGGAAUCUAUGCAUAAUGAUGCAAAGUUGUCAGGAAUUAAUAGAUCUUUUAAAUAGAAGAUAUACGUGAAGCACUAGGGCCACAAUCCAGUGCAAAACUAUACACACACUUAAGUUCUAUUGCUUAAUUGCUUGCUUUGUUCUUUAACAUUUUUGCUUAGUUUUGUAUUUGAUUGAGACCUAGGAUUACAUUGCAGUGCAAAUAGAAAAUAUGUAAUAGUGUUGUGCCAUUGAUUGUUUUAAUGUAAGAAGCUCCACCAUGACUGCAAGAACUUGUGGCAUGCUAGUAUGUGAAAAAAUAUAUUUUUAGUAAGUUGGGCUUGACCAGUAAUUGAGAGAUGAAGACUGUAAUCCUGUACCCACUUACCUUGGAGUAAGCCUGAUUGAACUCAGUAGGACUUGCUUCUAACUAAAUAUGUAUGGGAUUGUACUCUAGUAGCUUGUAGUAGCCAGGGAAUGUUGUUGCUGUUGUCUUCUGAAAUCAUAUAUGCAGAAAUAAAGAGCAGUAUUUCAUCAAUAAAGAUCACAACAGAAUGUAGUUACACACGUUCACAGAACACUAUGAUGAAAACAUAUCAUUUCAUUUUUUAACAUUGAAUUUCAGCCUAAGAGAGAGGAAUAACAACAUGUUAAACUGCCUUUUAACUAAGAAUAUAGAGUUGAAUGACUUUGGCAAGUUUUCUAACAGUGUUUCUUAUCAGGUGCUACGAAGAGCCAUCUUUCUGAUUUUAAGAGACACAGAGCAGCCAGAAUUGAUCACUAUGUUGUGGAAGUCAAUAAAUUAAUAAUCAGGUUAGAAAAGGUAAAUGGGUUACUCUUGCAUUUUUCACAGAAAUGUGUGGAAGUUCAUUUUAAACUAUAUGCUACUACAGUAUUGCUUCUGAUGUGUGGAGAAUAGUUUUGUUUGGUUCACAGUUUCAAGUGAACUGACUAAUAGGUGGAUUAGAAUCCUUUGGAUUCCACAUGUCUUCAAAUAUUGCUUGGUUGUAGCCUUGAAACUGCCAUGGUCACUCUGGUAGAAGACAUUUUUGGGAGAUAGAUGGCUGGGGAGUGACCCCUGUUUGUUUGCCUUGGUCUCUUUGCAACUUUUGAUAUUGUUGACCACAGUAUCCUUUUGAAGUAGUUGUGGGAGGUGGGGGGUUAGGGACACUGUAUUAUAGGCAUUCAGCUCUGAAUUUUGAGGCUUCUUUUUUAUUUUUUCCUUCUCUGUUAGAAGGACAAUAACAUCUGCCCAAUACCAAGAUAAGUGACAUAAAGGAACGCUCAGGGAAAGAUACUGAUUUUAGCGAAAUAAACUUAGGAAAGCAGACCCUGUAAUAUUUUUCAGUCCUGUGCUGAACUGUUGUAAAGAGUUCUCUAGUAGAAAACUUGUAUUAAGACCUCUGGUUUUAAUAUUUUUACAGCUUACAUCCUUUGACCGAACCAAUACAGAUUCUGCAAAGAUAAGAGGUAGGUGCAAGCAUGUUCGACCUUUGCUAAUUUGGAUUUCAUUAGUGAUGUUUCUAUAGAUUUUCUCAUUCUAUUCCAGCAAUAGAGAAGUCUGUUGUGCCUUGGGUUAAUGAUCAGGAUGUGCCAUUUUGUCCAGACUGUGGUAACAAGUUCAGCAUAAGGAACAGACGUCACCACUGCCGCCUUUGUGGGUCUAUCAUGUGCAAGAAAUGCAUGGAACUGGUCAGCCUCCCAUUUGCAAGUGAGUACAGUGGUAUAGAUGUCUUGGACCCGUGUCUCUGAUGCCGGAACUAACUUUCUCAGGUUGGGCGGGGUGGUCUAUGGAGCUGAGAAGCAUGGGGGGGGGCCAAGGCCCAGUCAGCACCAGCUUCAGGCAGGUAGGGAUGGUUGUAGGGGGUUUUCUGGAAAUCCUGGAUUUAUAGUUUUUCUUAUAAAUGUCUAUCUAGGACGUAAACCUCACUUAAAGGCUCUAAAGGCUAAAGAUGGUGAUGUGGGGGUCCUGAUUUAGUUCUUUCUAACAACUGUGCUAUAAAAUUGGCACUUGAUAUUUCCUUUUUAUGAUGAGUUACUGGAGUUGAGCUGAACUGGAUUUUUGAACCCAUGUUCAAAACCAGCGUUCUGUUGGUUGGACCAUUGGCUUGUGACCAUUAUAUCUUCUGGAUGUAUCAUUCCAGGCAAACUCACCACUGCUAGCAAGGAAGCCUUGGCCUCUCAUACUAGCCCAAACUGCUCACCCAACAGCAUUCAGGGCUCUCGCCGUGGCAGCAUCAGUAGUGUGAGCAGUGUGAGCUCUGUCUUGGAUGAAAAGGAUGACGAUCGCAUCCGCUGUUGUAGACAUUGUAAAGACACUCUGCUUAAAAGAGAGCAACAGAUUGAUGAGAAAGAGUACACACCAGACAUCGUGAAACUUUAUGAGGUAAAAUGACACUAAAUAAACAAGAACUGGAAGUGAAGUGGGAUUUUCCAGUUAUCAAUAACUUAAGCAGUAUUAUUAUAAUACAAUAUACUAGGUGUUGUUCAACUUUAAAACAAGAUAGGCUUCCAGCUAAAUACUUCUAAGGAAUAGGAAAGAGGAAGUAAGUUUAACUUUAUAGUUUUAAGGAAAGUUUUAACCUGGUAUUUUUAAGUGGGUUUCUUUUAAAGUUGGGUUGGCUGAGAAAAGAUGUAUUAAAAAAUUAUAACUAAAACUGCUUACUCUGAUACAGGCCAGAUCCACUUCUGGUCCUGGCUAUUAACAAUACAACUUACUCAUCUAAGCAUGCCAAUAAAUUGAUUAAAACAUUCCAGUUGCCUUAUAGCCUCAGAGUAAACUGGUUUUGUAACUUUUCAGAAGAGACCAGUUAUUGACAAUGUUACCUUAACAGAUGUGCAGUCUGAACCAUGUUUACUUGUAAGUAAGUCCUACUGAAUUUAGUGGAUCUUACUUCCAGGCAAGUGGGCUGAAAUUGCAGUCUUAGAGAGCUUAAUUAAAAAGGUAAAGGGACCCCUGACCAUUAGGUCCAGUCGUGGCCAACUCUGGGGUUGUGGUGCUGAUCUCGCUUUUUUGGCCGAGGGAGCCGGCGUUUGUCCGCAGACAGCUUCCAGGUCAUGUGGCCAGCAUGACUAAGCCGCUUCUGGUGAACCAGAGCAGCACACGGAAAUGCCGUUUACCUUCCCGCCGGAGCAGUACCUAUUUAUCUACUUGCACUUUGACGUGCUUGCGAGCUGCUUUCAAAACUGAGCUUAAUUAGAAAUGGUUUUAAAAUCUGGAGUUCCAAAUUUGAAAUCUGAGACCUGGUCUCCCGAAAGAAUAUAUCUUGAUUCUCUGGAUAGCAACUACUACCAAAUAUUAAGCUGUUACACACAGGGAAAAUUGAAGGCAUGUGAAGCAAUUGUGUAUCUGAUUUGUUGCUAUAAAUAACUUUAUUUUAAUCUAUUAAUUUUAUUGAUUAAAAAAGAAACUCCGACUUUGCAUGGAAAAGGUUGACCAGAAGGCCCCAGAAUACAUAAAGAUGGCAGAAUCAUUAAAGUAAGCCUAUUCAUUUUUAAUAAAUAUGUCUUUAAUAUUUAAUGUUCAAGAAGAAAGAAGCCUGGUUGUAGUUUCAUAUUAAUGGCUGGAUAUAAAGAAAAAGGAAAUUGUGAGGGGUGGGAGGAUGCUUGUGGGCGUGAUGCAUAAGCUCCAGUCAGCAGAUUAGAAAAAUCAAUAUUCUUUUAUUCCCCUCCACAUUAUGUCAAGAUGCAUUCUAAAGAAUUCUGGCGAACUUGAAAGCUAGCUCGCUACUUCAACAUCUCAGUAGGUCUUGAUAAAGUUAUUACCCUACUAUUGCUUUCAUUCCCCCACCCCUGCCCCGCAAUGGAUCAAAUUGGCUACCUAGAAUUUUUGGCAUAUUAACAGACUAUAACCCAACACAGAUGUCACUUCCAGAUUCUGUGAAGUCCUUCUGAGGUUAUUUUUAACCUCACCAGCUUUGUGUGAUGCGUACACAAAUGUAUUGUCUGAAUUUGCCCUUAUCCUGUGCUCCUAGUUUUUCUCUGUGCUAAACUGACUUUUUCGUUUUACAAUUUUAUAUUGGAAACCACCCUGUGAUCCUUGGAUGAAGGAUAGAAAUUUAAUAAAUAAAAUAAAAUUCAGUGCAAAGUUCAGUGCUCAAUAAUUUGAUCUGAGAUGGGACCAGUAACAUGAGAACUUGUUCACUUGCAAGUUAUUCAUCACACAAAACUGAUACGUAAAAUUGUUGUUGUGUAAGCAAUUUUUACAUUAUCCAAAAGUAUGAACUGUCCUUCAGAUAAUAAAUGUAAAAAAGUAUUGUUAAUGCUUCCUGUGUUAGCACUGUCAGAGGAAUAUUUCCACAUUUCUGAGUUAGUAAAGAUGCUACAUAGGGUUUUUCUCUCUAUGCUUUAACUUUGUUGUUUUUGUAAAGUGUGUUUGUGUGUGCUGGAUGUUGUGAAACUCAAUGGUAUUGGCAGGCCUGAUGAGCAUGAAGCAAUUUUGCUUGCUAUCAUAUAAGUGUCUGCACAUGCAACAUUGCCUUUGUUACCCCCAAAGAAGAGCCUUUGAAAUAAAUCUGUCCCAAGCUUCUGAGGUUUCAUCUUCUUGUCAACUAUGAACAACACAUUUUCAACUUCUUGUGCUUAAAGUGUCAUACUUAGAAAGUGCCACCUUGGCAAGCUUUUAACGUAGGGCCUUGGCUUAGUUUUGAUGAUGGAACUCUGCCUCGUUUCUAAACACGUUUGCUGAAACUGGUGCACUGGUGUAGGCUUCAACAAAACCACUUGCCAAGGUAAUUGUGCUAACAAUGCAUGUUUUCUUCCAGUGUUGGGGAGACAACUUACAGUCUGGAACAUGCUAACAGUCUUAGGAUGGAGGUGCAAAAAAUGUAUGAGUUAAUAGAUGCUCUAAGGUAAGUGACGGAACUCAAAAGAGGGGAUUUCUGCAUUUGUAUUUUUAUUUUUGUGCUUAAUUUUUUAUAUUGUUGCAGACUGCUUUGAAAUCCAUUUUGAAGGUGGUGUUGUAUAAGUAAAUUAAUAUGAAUUGCCUUAGACCACAAUCCAAGCAUACUUAAAGACAAUAAAUUUCAGUCAAUAAAUUUUGAUUGUAGUUUGUAUUGUGAUCUUAGUUGGGAAAUAUAUGGCUCAAAGACUCAGUAUGUUUUAAUCAGUCAGUGCCCAAAAGAAGUAAAACUGAUUUGAUUGGGCUACUUUGGAAAAUGCUUCAGUGUGCAUUUUUUUCUGUGCGUGCGCAUGACAAUACAGUCCUGUUGUUGGAGAGUUCAUGAAUGUCAAUGACAAAAUACUGUGAUGAAGUGUGUACUGCAAGCAAUGCUAAUCUGUCCGUUUAAAAAAAGUUACCAACAAUUUACAUUAUUGUAACUGGGACAACAUAAUCAGGAAGACUAUUUCAUAUGCCUACAUAUUGCUCAUAGUUGACUUUUAAGUUCGUAUUGCUGAUACACUUGUGGUUUUUGGGUUCAGCAAGAAGAUUUUGACUCUGGGACUGAAUGAAGAACCACAACCUCAUCCCCGAACACUGCAGCUUCAGAGAAUGAUCAGAUAUUCAGCCACACUUUUUGUUCAGGUAGGUCAUCUAGGAGGGAGGAGUAGCUCUUAGGUAUACAGGGUGUUGUCUUCAGAAACAGGACACAAUAUGACAUACAAAUGUUGCAGAUAAAUAUUUUUCAGGAUGGUCUAAGUUAGGGGUGGGAAACUUAAGGCCUGGAGGCCAAAUGCCUCUCUCUGUGGCCUUUAGAGUCUCACCGGGCUGCACUCUUUACCAGCCUUGUUCCACACUCUCAAGUUCUGUUGCUCUACUGGAAUGUAUUCUUUAACUCUGAUAAUUCCUUUUGCUUACCAGGAUAGAGAUAAUCUAUCUUGCUUGCCAGGCAGCUAGCUUUACUUUUAGCUAACUAAAAGUAUUUGAAAGUUACUUGAGUCACAGUGAUUGAAACACUGGUACUUUAUGUAAGUUUGAAGCUGAUCUAAACUUCACCCAUGUUGGAUUUGGGCUUUAGAGAGACACAGACAAACAAACCCGUGACUUAACCCAGUGCAUAAUUAAGGCUGCAGUCUUAUACACUUGUACCUGGGAGUAAAGCAGAUUUUGCUCUGAGGCUUACUUCUGAGUAGAUGUGCAUAGGAUUGCACUGUAAGCCUCACAGCUCAGUGACCCAGAUCAGUGAUAGUAGGAACAUCAGAGUUGGUGAGAGUCUUUAACAUCUUCUUUGACUGCUCCAAUUUUUAAUAGAUGAGCCAGGAUCCACAUUCCAUCUAGCAUGUGCAAAGGAGAAGCCACACUCCCUAGUGAAAAGUUGCUUUUGGUGCUGCCUGGGAGCACAUAUACUGGGAAGGGGCUGCCCCCCCCCAGCUCAGUGGUAAGGACAGUGGUAGCAGGAACAACCUCAGAACUAAGCAGAAGUGUAAUAUGUCAUUCUUUUCCUCUUGCCUCUUAGCUGUCACACCACUGUGUUAAUAUUGACUUGUAAGUCACAUUGGGGAUUUUUUAGGUCGAAAGGUGAUUUUUUUUUUUUUUUACAAAAGCAAGCUAAGAUAAUUAGGAGCUUCACUCCAGGUGCCUCUACCCUAAGAGAUUUGGUGGGUGUAAGAGGCAGAGCUCCUUUACAAUAUCCUCCCCAGAUACCUUUUUUUCUGGCACUUAAGCUUUUGUCUUUUAGGUGUCAGAUACUAUUAUAUUUUUAAAAACUUUUUAGCUGAGUUGAUUUAUUAAUUUUAAUGCGUUUGGUCCAGAGAUAGGCUGAAUGAGUAGAAAAGUUGCAUGGGAGACAGCCCUGCUGAAUUCCUCCAAAUUUCACAUCAUGCUGCAGACCCCACCCGCACCCCAUCCUGUACCAUCCCAGAAGCCCCUCAAUGUUCAGAAGCAGCCUUUUUUGCAGAGGGGGGAGCACAGGGAGCUGUAGAGCAUAGGGGAGCCAGGUAUGCCCCGUUUCCUGAAAAGAAUUCCACCUGACUUGUUUUUGAUCCAACUUCUUGUAUUGUAAGCUGCCUUCACCAUAUUCGAUGGAGAAGUGUUUAAUUUGCCCCCCCAAAAAACAAAUGUAAGUAUAACUAUGGUAUAUUAUGUAUUUUGUGCAGCUUCCUGUUUCUGAAUAAACUUGAGAGCUUGAUAGCCCAUCCCUUUUUAAAAAACAAUAUUUUGAAAACAUUUCCUCAGGAAAAAUUGCUUGGUCUGAUGUCGUUACCCACCCAGGAGCAAUAUGAAGAAUUGAAAGAGAAAAGGAAACAAGAACUGGACAGAAAACUUCAGAUGGAGAGACAGGUGAAUAUUUCAGUCAGUACUGAGACACCUUUCUAAGAGUUGUUUUAUAUCUGUAUGUUGAUUAAAACUAGUGGCUCUUUAAUAUCCUGUUGAAAGCCUUGUGUGCCACGUUCAAUGAAAAAGUGGGGCAUACUUCCAUAUAAUGCAAAUAGGGGCAAAUGAAUACAACUAACCCUUUGCAACUUUAGAUGUUAUUUCCACACCUGCUUUAUUUAUUGGUUUGUUUGUUUACUUGUGACUAGGCAACACUUGAAACGCAGAGACGAUUGGAGGAGAAGCACAUGGACUAUGCUUCCAGAUCUUUGGUAGCAUCUAACGGUGAGGUGUCCCGGCCAAAACGGGUUGCAGUAAAGAAAGCUGAAGGUUGGCUGCCCACUGCGAACUUAUCUCGCCAGCAGGAACUCACAGACCCACUUCUGCAGCAGAUUGACAAUAUAACAUCCUUUAUUAAACAAGCCAAAGAAGCAAAUCGUCUCGAUGAGGUCCAGAUGUUGCAGGAAAACCUGCGACAACUUCAGGAUGAAUAUGAUCAACAGCAAACUGACAGAGCCAUUGAGCUUUCUAGAAGGCAAGCCGAGAUGGAGGAGAUGGAGAGGGAACAAUUGCAGAUCCUUUGUGAAAAGGAAUGGGAGAGGGAACAUAAAAAACGAAUGUCUCAGCACUCACGGACACGUUCCCUGGAUUUCAGAGAAGUGAAGCACAGUAAGUUAGAGAUUGGGAAGGAGAGCAUAAACCAAAUAGCACAGGCUUUGGACCUUGAUACUACUCAGAAUACAAGUAACCCAGCCUCUAAAGCAUCUUCACCAUGUGGUGGUGACAAGCUCCAAGUGCAAGAGAGCCCAGUCUUUCCCGGGCAAUUUGUAGAGAUCCAAGAGCAUGACAGCGUAAUAGAGCAAAAUAAAAAUGUUCCCAUAAACCCUUUUGAAGAUGAGCCAGUAAUUAGCGCUCUAAAGAGGGAACCAAAUAAUCCCUUUGCUGAAGAUUCCUCCACAGUGGCUUCCUUGCCCACCCAAACCUUGCACAGUGAUAAAAAAGAAUAUAACCCAUUUGAAGACGACGAGGAUUGUCAUCAAGCAAAUGGAGUAGCUGUCAGUGCUCCGAAUCCCUUUAAAGAUGCUGUUGGAAAUCCAUUUCGUGUGCUCACAGAUCGUCAGGAAUCUGGAAAUCCAUUUGAGGAAACGUCUUCCUCCACGAAUCCUUUUGAAGAGGAUGAUGAUAAUGAAGUGUCAAGGGAAGACAUCAUAGAAGAGGAGCUACUGCUCCAACAGAUAGAUAAUAUAAAAGCUUAUAUUUUUGAUGCCAAACAUAGCGGGCGGAUGGAUGAGGUUGAGGUGCUGACUGAGAAUUUGAAAGAACUGAAACGCACACUAGCAAAACAGAAGGAGAAAUCCAGCUAG